GCGCCAGAAAAUAUGCAAGUUCAAAAGGCCACACGAAACAGGUUUCCGAGUAAAUUUCCGAACUUCCUUCGUAGUGAAAGAAAAGAGAAACAGUAGAGACAUGUCUCUCGGUUGGCUUCGUGAUUCUUACAAGAUUAUUUGUAUUUUUUUAACAGUGUUGGAUGUUGUUUUAUCUGUUUCGGUCCGUCUGAAUAUCAGUGCCAGUGACCUUACCGACCAAGGAUUACCCAGUGGUAUUAACGUGACCAUCAACGCUGGUAUCAACUCAUCAACUGAGUUACAACUGAGCCGUGUGGACCAUAUCAACAGUAACGUGCCUGUGUACACAUUGGAUACCGGCGAUGAUGGCGUACAGAUUGAGAGACAAAACCUUUCCCAUAAUCAGGACUUCGCAUUCUACCACGAUGUUCAACUGGACGCCAUUUUUCAAUUCAUCAGACAAAACUCGACGGAACGACAGAAAGAUGAAUUCAUCAUUAAGAGAGGUGAAUUUCAACGAGGCGAUGCCAGGUAUUCAAUUCAACCAAGGGCAAGGUCCAAAAGGGACGCAAGCAGUACAGACGACCAAUCAGAACAAAGCUACGAUCUCCAGCCAGUCGUCAUCAAGCCCGCCAAACACGCAGACCACGUUGAGCCACCACCUGAACUGAGGUCGCCCUUGGAUGCAGAAUUCCUAAAAAAAUUUCAAGGCGGCGCUCAAGGAAAUAGACGCAGACGUCAAUCGUUGUCAACCUAUUACAUCGACAUAACAGCUUUCCUGGACUACACGGCCUACAGUAGAUUUCUUGCUGAGGCAUCUUACGACGCUGACGUCGCAAUGCAGAAAAUACAAGAAUACUUCUCAUUUAUAUUUGCUGGGGUAGACCUCAUAUAUCAAAACUUUGAAUCGAACAGCUUUAAACUACGGGUUAGUUUGACUAAAAUUGUAGUCUUUAAGAAUGACAGAACUCUACCGCUGGUUUACACUCGUAGUUGUUCUUUUUACACCUGGGGAUGUACCUACACAAGAUACGUGGACACGGAACGAGUACUAACUAACUUUUCCCAGCUCCUGAAUACCUCUGAGGGGAGAACCCUGGCCUUUCCGUAUGAUCACUCUAUGCUCUUCAUUGGGUCUGACAUGUGGGCCGGAAGCGUGGAUAUCUUGGGUUUAGCGUGGAUAAAAACGAUUUGCUCGACUAAUGGCCAAAGUGUUUCUGCCAUCGAAGAAAUGGGUGAUUACUCUUCAAUUAUAACUGCAGCUCACGAGUUGGGACACAGUCUGUCAGCACAGCACGACGGUUACGGAAACAUUUGCUCCUACCAAGACCGCUACCUGAUGGCGUCUUCUGACUCUUACCCCACGCAGUCAACGCGGCAACACCCCUGGAGAUUCUCAAAUUGUACAGUGGAUUACGUUGUUUCGUACCUUUCUUAUCUAGCUGAUACUCAAACUGGAGCCACGUGUUUGUCUAAUACACUUCCGGUUUUGAACGAAUUUCCAGACGUCAGUCAGCGACUCUUGGGCCAAGAAAUACCUAUAGAAAAACAAUGCGAAUUGACUUUCGGCCAAUAUUCGUAUGUCUGCCCGAAUACCACCCAGAGUGAAAUUUGCAGCGAAUUGUACUGUUACUCACUCAACUAUGGAUGCCGGCUUUUCCAAGCUGCUCUCUCCGGUACGAGCUGCGGCUGUGGUAAGAUCUGCAAGCAGGGACAAUGUGUUGAAACAUUAACAUCUACUGAUAAAUAUUGUAACUAUAUUGAUAUCUGGAAGAACUGUACUUCUGCUGAUUGCUCCAACACUGUACAGAAGGUAUACUGCGCCAGAGCGUGCCGUCAAAUUUUUACAUCCACUACUUCUACCACAGAGUGUGCGGACGACCCUUACUUUACAUACAAUAGUUUACGCUGUCCUAGUGCCAUGCUGAACCCCACGAACCUGUGCUACGAGCCUGAAGUCCAAACAGGCUGCUGCAGAUCUUGUUUCAUGAGGUUGAGAAACGUGAAAGGCUGUGAGUACGGCGACAGGGACAGGGGGAAGUGCAGCAACAUCAACACGUGUCAAGGCAACAAGUACGACUGCUGUCACACGUGCAGCGGGGUCAAGGUCGUGACACACGCGCUCGCAGCCAUAGUACUAAACCUGGUGAUGGCAUUGCUACUGACCUGAUGCUCGACAUCUGUAUGAAGGAGCAGGCUUUUCCAAUGCAGUGCCUUUCAAACCUGUGUAUUGUUUCAGUCAACAAACAGCGUUGCACUGUAGUUGCACAUGGUUAUCACGUGUUGUAUUGAAUGUUGAUUACUGUUUGUUAUGGAAUGUGUGUGCGUGUUUUUGACGUAACCACGAGUAAAGAAGGACAGAUAGUUUGGUUGUGUGAGUUGAAUAGAUUUUCAUGAAAUCAUAAGAUUGUUUGUGGUAGUACAAUGACAACUGGUGUUCAAGCUGAAGAGAGGGGGAACAAGCGAGGGACGUGUGACAGAAAGACGUGUGACAUAGAGACAUGUGACAGACAUGUGACAAAGAGACAUAUGACAGAGAGACGUAUGACAGAAAGACGUGUGACAGAAAGACGUGUGACAAAGAGACAUAUGACAGAGAGACGUAUGACAGAAAGACGUGUGACAGAAGGACAUGUGACAGAGAGGCGUGUGACAGAAAGACGUGUGACAGACAGACGUGUGAUAGACAGACGUGUGACAGAGAGACAUGUGACAGAAAGGUGUGUGACAGAAAGACAUGUGACAGACAGACGUGUGACAGACAGACAUGUGACAGAGAGACAUGUGACAGAAAGACAUGUGACAGAAAGACAUGUGACAGAAAGACAUGUGACAGAAAAACAUGUGACAGAAAGACAUGUGACAGAAAGACAUGUGACAAAAGACACGUGACAGACAGACGUGUGACAGUAAGACGUGUGACAGAAAGGUGUGUGUUUCUAGUUAGGGAUAUUUUAUUUAAAAUUGUUUAAGAUCUCUUUUAACUUGUCUUUCUACAUUGAAAUUCAAUGCUGUGUGUAUAUUUAAUAAUAAAAUUUAUGAUCAGUUUUGUUUUUUUAAGUUUGUGAAGUUUUUUCAAGUUGUACAUUACAAUACGCCUACACCAGUUUAGUAUGUGUUUUUGUAGCUUCAACCCAAGGCAGUAGUGUAACUAGAAAUUCGCCUUCAUUGAUUUCCUGAGGGGGCUUUUUGUCUUUGGGGGCCCCUGCAUUUUGCGUAAUACUUAAUAUUUAAUGUAAAAAAAACACUCAUUUGGCGGCCCCCUCAAGUAGGGGCCCUGGUAGAUUUUCAAAUUCUUCCCCUCCCUCCCCCCAACCUAGCUACGCCUCUGACCCAAAGACCGAGAAUCAAAACACUUACAUUGAGACAUUAUCUGUUAACAUACUAUGCUGUGCUCCGUACACUCGAGUCAUGUUUUGUUUUGUUUUUUAAACCAGAAAUGACAAGUAUCUUUUUUUUAUAUUCCACAAACUUAUCAAUACUAUCAUAAGAUAACUAAAUACGUUGUUAUUAAUAGUCUCUUUUCUGAAGUAAAACUGUAUAUGGAAAUCCUGACUAACAUUGUCGCGAGAAUGUCGAAGUCUUGUCCAUGGACGUCACGUUUUGUUAUAUGUAAGACAAAUUCACUACGUACUUUAUACUGUAGAUAUUAUUAUUAUGAAGCUUUUUUAAAAUUAUAAUAAAAUUAUUAUUUAUAUUUUAAAUAGCAAAGUCUGUAUAUUGGAAUUUAAACACACAGAGACACACACAUUGACACACCUUCACCCAUUUUCAGAACCUCUGGCACCCCUUGAGAGGACCUCACACUCCCCUUUAGACCUCGCGAAUGAUCCACAGUUUGAGAAACGCUGUAUCAUGUGGUAACAGACAUGUUGGGUAGGCUUACGUGUGUUACUGAUAUACCUUCAAAGUAGGGUAAAGUUUUGGUUAAUUAUUUGACACACAUUGGAAGAAACACAUUGUUCUAUUCCUAUUCUAAGAUCUUGUUCUGAUGAUGCUUUCAACACUGUAGUUGAAUAUGUGAGCUUUAUGAUUAAUUUUUUACCUUUUUUUCUGAGUGUAUGUAUUCAUCAAAGUAAGAAUAAUAACAGUAGUUCAGGCAGUUCUGACCACCCCAAAAAAACACGUAAAACUGUCAUAAUGAGCGUAAACUAUAAUGUCUACCAUAAGACUUCUAAUAAUUAGACUAUAAGUUAUUGUAAAUUUCUAUGUAUCAAUGUAUUUCUAUGUUUUUCUGUGGUUUGUUUUAAUUUUGUUUGUAUGUUUUACUUGAAUCCCCGGAAUAAUCUAAUACCGUUAAUAAAAUUUUUGAGAUGGUCAAGCAUGAAAAUUAGAUGUACCAUAACCUUGUGGAGAGAUUUCCUUACCAGACUCUGGUGUUAGGAAGCUAUUUUCCUUUAAAAUAAUAACAUAAUAUUAACAAUAAUUACAUUUUUGUAACGUUUUAGCUAUUAAAUUCAAUGUACUGUAAGAUAGAUGUGCGAUUUUAAACAAUUGUAUAAAACGUUAAAAUGUUUUUCAUAAAAUGCGGAACAACCGAUUUUCGAUAAUGAAUCUUUGCGACAUUUUGGCAUGAAAAUUAAUUGAUAUAUAUAUUAGAAGAGGGAUUUCAAAAAGUCAUUUAAAUUUUGGCGACGAUUGGCACAAAAAAAUAAAGUAAUAUAUACUUUAAGUCAAUUUCUUUUUCUAACAAAAUCCGAAAAAAUUUUUUACCGAUAAAAAGUCUUUUGUGAUGUUUCAGCAAGAAAAUUAAAUGCAAAAUAAAUCUAAAAAGUGCUUUCAACAUUUACGUUCUCAUUUUUAAAUCCUGAACAACCUAUUGUCGAUAGUUUUGUAAAAAAUAAGUCAUAUAAACCAAAUGAAUAAAAUAAAUAUAAAAUAUUAUUUUUUUUAGGCUGAAAAUCUGGAACACUUUGUUAUCGAUAAUUAAACUAUAGUGACGUAUUGUCCGAUAAUAUUAAGUGUAAUAUAAGUGUAAUUCGGUGAUUUCAAACAAUUAUUUAUAACACAAUUAUUUAUAACAAUAACAAUUUAUUUUAUAAAAUAAUAUCCGGAACAACUUUAUAGUUAGUGAAAUAUAAGUCAGUAUAGAGAUUUUCAUUUUGCGUUUAUAUGCUAUUUAUUUAGAAAUUCCGGAACAGCUUUUGAAACGUUUAAGCCAGUAAUUUAAAUGUAAUACAAAUGUAAUACAAAUGUAAUAAAAAUGUAAUAAAAGUUAGAAGAGCAGUAACAAACAUUCUUUGGUAUUAAUUUUUUUUUUCACAAAAACAUCCUGAACAAUCUAUUAUAGAUAAUUAAAACUAUAGGAUGUUUGGAAGGAAAAUUAAAGGUUAAAUCAGAUUUUCAA